GCUUUCGGCUUUCGACUCGUUACUCGUUAUACUCGUUUGGGUUUGGAGUUGCCAUAUGACCGGCUUCUCGAAUGUUUCUUUCGCGCGUAACGUUUUUUUAAGUUCGCGUGACAAUUAUAUGUGCCAGUACGUUGUAUAAUUAUUGUUAGAUUGUUGAAAAGUGAUUGAAAAAUAUCCAGGAACACGAUGACGGACGACAAAGCAGGCACCGAGGAUAUGUGGACGCCUUAUAAAGAGCUCCAAAGUUUAGUCGAACGAUACAUAACCUCCGCUCCGAGUAACGAUGACCCACAGUAUCAUGAAUUCAUGGAGGCUCUUCGUAAUCAUAGACAAAAUUUUCUUAGUCUCAUGAAAAAUCCUCCCAAGAAUGCGGAGAGCCGUGAAGAGAUUAAAAAAGGUGUAACAGAGGGAAUAACAUUACCAGGUUUGGGGUACCACGUAUUAUCGAAGGAGUUGGUGGACGAGACUCUGAUAAUAUCCGACAUGUACGAUUUGAACGAGUUCAUGGCGUUGGAUCUGUUGUGUACAGCGCAACUACAAAUGCCGUAUCACCCAGGUUUGACGAGAGGUUUGACAGCAGUUUUGUUGUACUACGACGGCAGAAAGGCAUUGACGUCGGCACUGCGAAGUUUGGUUCAAGCACGAAUAGGUCACAGUUGGGUAUUGGACACGCCGAUAUCAUUGACGAAAAAAAUCACGGAAUACACGAACAAAAUGCGGGAGGACGGUUUGCUCGACCGUAUUUUAUCUCUCUUGGAGGAAAUGGAUGCGACGAAGGAGCAAGACAUGCUUCAGCAAAAUCGGGCUCUCGGAGGGGCUAAGCAUCACCAAAUGGUGAUGAAACUUUACAACGACACGAGGCAAGACUUGGCGGACAUUUUGUACCUCUGGUCAGCCCAGACUUCGCUCCCUCCGCCGAUAAUGUUUCGGCUACUGGCCCUCCUGGAAACUCGUCAACCGGAGUCUGAGGCCGGAGAGGGUGGUCCGGACAGAGUGACGUUGGCUCUGAUAAUGGCGCUUUUGAACUGUUUGAAUCUGAGCGCUCUGCACAGCCGAGAGGACGGUGAAGAGAUCGUGAGGUCCAUGCCCCUCGUAGCUGAGGGCGGAGUCCUCGAAGAAAUCGUGCAAAAGCUCACGAGCGAAAACAUCAGCUGGGAAAGCCCCGGCUUACGCGGGGUCUUUCAAUUCGCCCUCGCGAUCGCCAUGACCGUCAUUAAGUCGGCCUCGAACCUUGGCGAAAUGCAGGACAUUACUCAGGAGGAUGAAAUCCUCCUGGAAACUGCACUCUCCAACAAAGCUUUUCAUUAUUUAGCUCAAGUUAUAUUCCAAUGUGAGAGUAUACGUCACGAAGAGUUUUAUCUCCGUCAUUUUCACGCCCUCAUCGCGGACUUCAUAAUGCUGAUGCCCCUGAAAGUGAAAGAACUUCGUUCACGGGCCGACGAGUCGAUGAGAUUCAUUCAAGCUUAUCAGCAGGAAGGGGUCGAGCCUCCGAUGAACCUGGACAACCAUUUCGAGUACCUGAUGCUCAUGAUCGCCGAGCUCUACAAAACGGAUCCUCUCAACUUGAAUCUUACCAUGGAUUAUUGGUACCAACAGUCCGAAAGUUCGCACAUGAACGCCGGUUUGCACCCGAAUCGUUUGCCCUCCCGGCAAGCCGCUCUCUUCAAGUUCGUCAGACUCGCAGGCGAGAUUUUGCCCUCGGGGUUGUUCGUGCCCUACCUGCGGAUGAUCGGUUCCCUGGCCUCUUCGAAACAAGCCGCGCGGCAGGCUUUCAACUUCCUGAAGCCGAACGGAACGACCGGAUCGAGCACGAUAUCCUGGGACCAUUUUUUCACCUCCUUGAGUCGUUAUUACUACAACCUCCGUCAGGAACUUCCGCCGAGUCAGGACACGAUUUACCGGCAGAGGAGUCACCCGAAGGGCAUAACGCCGCACGAGGUCAAGGGCCUCGAGGCCGUUCUCAACGUCGUUCAAAUCGUCGCCACGUUCGACGAGUUGUCGAGGGUCGCGAUCUGCGAUCAUCCAGGCUGGAAGGUCCUCCCGUCCCUGAUCGGGCUCGUCGGGUGCGCGAUGCCGAUCCCCCUGAAAGGCGUGCUCGUCCGGACCCUCGCCGCGCUCGCCAAAUCGCCGGAGAGCUCGUCCACGAUCUGGCAGAGCCUCGAAGCGGCUCAAAUCGUGUGCACGAUUCCCAGCACGAGCAGCUACCAGCCUCGAGGCAUUCAAACUGAGCUCGAGGAAAUAGAGUCCCGAAACGAAGAGUAUCCGCUGACCCGGGCCUUCCUGGAGCUGUUGGACUCCCUCACGGAUUUCCCGAUCCCCAGGCUCCUCGGCGUCGGCCAGAGGAACCCCGGCUUCGACCCUUAUCUCUAUUUCAUCAUCAACACCGUUUUCUUACGGUUCAAUACGAGAUCGUACCGGAAUCCUGCCGAGAAAUGGCAGGUGGCGAAGACCUGCUUGAAGAUCUUCAACAAACUGGCUUCCCAGUACGAGCCGAGCGUCGAGGACUUUGUCGGCUGCAAAGUGGAGCUCCACGCCGGGGAAACGACGGUCGUCAACCCGGAGCCGGGCUACCAUUUGAUGACUCAAUUGCACACGAAUUCCCAGCUGCUCCACACCGUUCUCUACGUCCUCGACGAAGGUCGCCAGCUUCUUAACACUUAUGACUCUUUUCCAGGGAAGAAAGACCUCGAGGACAGCACGCUCAGUUGCCUGAAGAUUCUCGAGUGCGGUUUGAGGACGCAGCACCAUUACAUGACGCAGUUGGCAGCGGCGACGUCGACGAACAAGAUUCUCACGGGCUUGUCGCGUCUCCUGUUGGGCGUUAAUCCCCGCACCGGGAAGCCCGACCACAUGAUCAACGUCGCUAAUUACGUUUCUUACAAUUCUUGGCUCCGGGGGCACGCGUACGUCGCGAUCGGCGUCAUCCAGGGCGUCGCUUCCGAGCCGGGGGCCGAUUCUCAGCUGCUCUCGACCUUCACAGCGACGCCGUCUCUCGCCCUGAGCAUUCGCCACGGUUUCGUCGAGUGUCUCGACAACGAGACGGAGGAGGAGGAGGACGAUCCUCUGAAGGAGUCGAGCAACUGCAAGGAGCGGAUCCUCCUGCUGAUGAUGCAAAGCAUCACGAGGCCCGCGCCCAACCUGGCUCACUAUCUCCUCGACUUCUACAUCGCCAAAGACAUCAGAAAAACGAUAAUCCAGCAGCCUGGGUUGCUCGGCUUUCCCCGGACGUGCCUCCACUCGAUCCUCGGCAUCCUGGAGCUCGGUCUCGAGCGACAGAGGGACAAAAUAACCGAAGCUUCUUAUUGCUUCCUUCACACAUUGGCAGCGAACACAAAGACCUCGAUGCCGGUGCUCCGGUUCCUCCGGACCGCGACGAAUCAGGAUUUCGUCCAGAGGCACCUAUCCAAAUUGCCUUUCCAGGGGCCCAACCGCGCAACCGAGCUCGCCUGCAUGUCCUGGCUCCUGAAAAUCGCCGCUAUCGAGCUCCGCGUCACCGGCGGCAACCUCCAGAACUCCCUCGUCCAAAGGCUCGUCGGGGAUUCCAGCCAGGAGCGAGAGCCCGCGAUGCCGACGCAGAAGCUCCUCAUGGACCUGCUCCACUACAUCGACUUCCAGCUCCACCUCGAGCCGACCAAAUCCUGGGAAUUUUUCGAUCCCUCCCAGGUCGAAAUGGUCCUCGGACGCUGCAGCGUUCCCGUCCUCCUCGGCGGCGGUCCCCAGCUCGUCGACGUCAGGAAACUCCACUCCCUCAUCACCGAGGAACUCGCCGUCACCCAGAGCAGCUCUACCGCGACGCAGCGGAAGCUUAUGCAGCAAGAAUUACAGUCCAUUUUGUCUUACGCUCUGAAAAGAAACCAGACCAAGACUCUCUCCUACGCCACAGUCAAGUUCGUCGAGGGCUGGUGCCAAACGACCGAGAUCCUCUUUUCCAUCGCCAACAGCCAACAACUGCCGACCCCUCACCGUCAGAGUCUCCUUCUCAACCUCGCCCACGAUCUCCUCCAAAAAAUGACCUCCUGCGAGGCCCUCCACGAGAUAAAAACCCUCGUCUCCGGGACCGUCCUCAUCCUCUUGGUCAACCUCAAGAACAGCUUCGCCCUCGAGUCCGAGAACGUUAUUCUGCCGUCCUCGCCUUCCUACACGACCAUGAUGAAGAUCAUACUCUCCCACGUGCUCCAGUGGAUCUUGAACUCGAGCGCAUCCUCCCAGAAGGUCAGGACUCAUCUGUACGGGGCCCUGCUCAACUUCCUGUGCGUCGUCGGCCGCGAGAAACCCGACAACGGGAGCGUCGUCGCGGACUCCACUUACGUCAGCCAACUCGACAGCUCGUUGUACCGGGCCUCGAGCAACCAGGAGCGCUCCCACCGCUACGCGACGAUCCAGGUGAUCAACGGCUUCGGUGACAAACUCAUGGACAUCCUCUGUCACAACUGCUCCAGCGGCCACGACGUCUGCAAGAUGCUCGCCCUCUCGUGCCUCGACAAAAUACUCGAGCUCGACUGCGACAACACCUGGACCGUCUAUCUCGCGAGACGAGGAUACCUGAAGAACAUGAUCGACGGGCUCCUCGAGUCGGACGCCCUCCUCCGCGCCAUGCUCCAACCGGAGCCCCAAACCCUCCGGCCCCUCUAUCUCUACGAAGCCCAAAUCGCGACCUUCUGCAGGAUGGCCUCGAGCCGCCUCGGCGCUGAGAACCUCCUCGAGAACAAAGUUCUUUCGUGCCUCUCGAGCAUGUGCGUUUUCGACCAGCAUCCCGACGUCCACGUCGCCUUCGAGGACCCCGAAUCCUCGUUCGUUCCUUCCAUCGGCCAGAGAUACCAGCAAAUAUUUUUGCCCGCCCUCUACCUCUGCGACUCCCUCCUCACGACCCUCGGCACCGAGAACCAAUCCUGCGCCGUCCAGGUCUGCGGCUUCCUCCAGUCGCAUCGCGACACCGUCGAGAUGAUACUCCGCAACGCUUUCCCCCAAGGAAAUCGACUCUUCCUCAAAGAAGUCGCCUGUCUCACCGGCGUCAUCGCCCGCUCCGCCAACAUCGACAUGUACAAGCUCGUCGAGGACGAGCUCGCCCGCAGCGACGCCGACGAGGCCAACGUCAUCGACAACACCGGCAUGCGAGAACUCAGGGCUCAUCUCUACCGACUCCAGCGUCUCGUCGUCGCUCUUCUCCCCAAAUUCAACCCACAAGCCAUUCAUUUUUACUGCAACGGAACCAGGCCCAACGAACUCGACGAACAACACUCCGCCGUCGCUCAAAUCGCUGCCAACAUUUUAUUGUACUCGAGGAAUCAAAUGCAACACUCGGAAAUGGACCAAAAAAUCAGGAACCUCUUGUUCGAACCUGAAUUAACUGUCAAAUUGAGCUCCAAGGAAACCACCCGGAACAACGUCACCGGCGUCCCCCUCGGCGCUGUCGUCGAUCAACUCGUCUCCUCCACAAACAUCAUACACUCCGAAUUACCCUACGUCGAUAGUCUCAUGAGAAAAAUUCUCAUGGUCAAAGACCUCCUCCCUGCCAACCACCUUAAAAAAUAUCUCACCGACGAAGAAAUCGAACUUGACAUUUCCAAACGCAGAAUCGUCGUCGAAAAACGACUCACCAGACAAGUCAAGGCCAAGAGACAAGGCAUCAAGUAUCUCUCCCUCAUACUCGAACACAGCCUCUACAUUCUUUGGAGCCAUUUGGACUUUUAUAUCACUCAAUCCAACUCGAGGCACAACCGGACUCAAGGAAUCGACGAAACGAUGCUCGACUGGAGAGUUUCCGACGAAACUCUUUCGGACUUGAAACAAGGAUUAGCGUCUAUCUUCACCGACAGUUUCAUCGCUCAAUUACUGGACACUCAGAACGAGUACACUAUGGUCGAUCGAGGCUUCGUCGAAGCUUUGGUCAGAAGGAUAAAAAGAUUAUUACAAUUUAUCGUUGUCAAGUGAAAUUUUGGAUUUUGUAGCUUCACAGUGUUAUUGAAUUAUUUGAAAAAACAAGUCUAUUGUUGCAGUUUUUCGAUGACUUUUUUCCUGUUUUCUGUCUUGAAAACGUUUCCAUCUCUCCCGAAACGGGAGCGUACUAGAAAUAAAACCAAUAAAUAAUUUUUUAAGGUACGAAAAAGUGA